AGACUUGUCACGCCAUGAUGCCUAUUGGAAACAAAAAACAUAGUUAUCAAAUGAUGAUGCCUAUCAUCAUAUAUUCAGAGGGCCUCUCAAGUCAAACCCAUUAAAACCAGAGUUCUAUAUAUACUUCUGAACAUAUAGUGGAAUUAUUGCAUACAAAAUAUUUCCCAACAAUAAAAGGCAGAUACAUUCACACCAUGUACGCAAAGCUUACCAUCUGCACUCUCCUGCUUCAUCUUGUUAUUCUAAUGGAUUCAUGUAAUGGAGCUGUUAUCGACAAUCACAUACAAAAACAUCAUGUCCAUUCUCAUUCGCACCACUUGCCCGUCAACGCGAGCGAUCCUGAACUAGUGGUCUUCUUCCUCUCCAAGGAUCUGAAACUCGGGAAUACAAUGAAAAUCUAUUUCCCCAAAAGGGAACUAUCAGAUUCCCUCACUCACUUACUCUCCAAAGAAGAAGCAGAUUCCAUUCCCUUCUCCUCGCAAAACCUCCCUCAAAUCCUCCGCCUCUUCUCCUUCUCCGACGGCUCCCCUCAGGCUACGGCCAUGGCCGACACGCUGGAUGCUUGUGAAGGGCAGCCAAUUCAAGGAGAGAAGAAGAUUUGCGCGACAUCCUUAAAAUCCAUGUCCGAAUUCCUCGAAACCAUCUUCGGCUCCGACACACCAAUCGAGGCCUUGUCCACUUCUCACCUCAAACAUGAUGAUGGGGUUGUGCAGAGGUAUAGAAUCAUGGGAAUCCAACAGGUUCCGUCUCCGAAGCUGGUGUCGUGCCAUACGAUGCCGUAUGCAUACACUGUAUUCUACUGCCAUUACCACGACAGCGACAACAGGGUUUACAGAGUGUCGUUGGCGGGAGAGAAUGGAGAUGCAGUUGAAGCGGUCACUGUUUGUCACAUGGAUACCUCUCAAUGGCCGCGUACCCACGUGUCGUUCGGUGUGCUUGGGGUCGAGCCCGGUUCGACUCCGGUCUGCCAUUUCUUCCCUGCGGAUCACUUUGUUUGGGUUCCGCUCAUGUCUGCGCUCCAGAUGUAGAAAUAAUUAAUUAUAUGAGGAGAUUGUUUACUGCAUAUAUAUAUGAUCUUCAAUAUGUGUGUGUGUGUGUGCAAACCAUGUAUGCAUUUGUGGCAUGAAUGUGUGUAAAUUGUAAUAACUAAUAAGGUUAGUGUCUGUAUGAAGAUUCUUGUGUGCAUGUGUACACACUGCAUGUAUGCUUCCCUUGCUGUCACUACCAGUUAGUUAUGCCUUUUAUUUCUUGUUGGCUACGACAUUUCUUUUUUGCUUUUCUUUGCUGAGCUUAUGCUCAUGACUUGUGCGUGUAUUGCGUUCUAUAAAAGGCACACCUCUGUAUUACGUUUGAGUAAAAAUGAAAAUAGCAACCUUUUCUUCA